UGUAAGAAGUGAAUUUUCUGUGUACAUGCGGUAAAACAGAAUAUGAUCAAAUGUCAGUGUCAGAACUCCAAUGUCAUGUGUCAAAGUAAACUAAAAUGAAAACUGAUAGUCAACGCAUACGCCGAGAAAUAACAACUAGUGAUAAGUUAAAACCGUUUUAAGUUUAUGCGGCUUGCCCUCUUUGACUGCUUAGUAAUAAAACAAGCGAACACCAUUCGACGAAUUCGCGUUCAUUCUCCAGUCGGUUUUGUGGCUGUGUGUGUGGUGGGCUGUAGUAAGUAUGGCUACUACAGACUUUGCCAAAUUAACCCCUGACGAACGGGAAGAAAUCAAAGAAAAGUUCCAUGAGAUCGACAAAAAUGGCGAUGGAUACAUAGAUUUAAAAGAAUUACGGGAUGCCUUAGAUGCCUGCGGGUUCAAAAUACCCGGUUUCAAAGCUCGCGCCAUGGAAGAGGAGUUUAAUAAUUCAAAUCGAGCCCAAAUUCCAGGCAAGAUGACGUUGGAAGAAUUCCAAAAGUUAUGUAGCGAUUUAAAAGCGAACGAAGUAGCUAGCACUUUUAAAAUGGCUGUUACGAAACGAGAAAAUUUACAACAUUUAGGAGGCACGUCGGAAGCUUCCAAUGAAGGAACCACGCAUUCCGUUCGAGUCGAAGAACAGUUAGCUUUCUCAGAUUGGAUUAACUCUAAUCUUAGACACGAUCCAGAUUUAAAAGACUUACUACCGAUAGAUCCAGAAGGGAAACUCUUGUAUGACAAAGUUAAAAAUGGAAUAUUAUUAUGCAAAAUCAUCAAUCAUUCCUGUCCAGAUACCAUAGACGAGCGUGCGAUUAAUAAAAAAAAUCUAACGCUAUACACCAAAUUGGAAAAUUUAACUUUGGCCUUAUCGUCAUCACAAGCAAUUGGUUGUAAUGUGAUAAACAUAGACGCGCACAAUUUGUCCAAAGGGACCCCACAUCUUGUUCUAGGACUUCUAUGGCAGAUUAUCCGAAUCGGUCUUUUUAAUCAGAUUACUUUAGAACAUUGUCCAGGCUUGACAACUUUACUAUCGGAAGAUGAGAAAAUUGAAGACCUUAUGAAGCUUUCGCCAGAAGCGAUAUUAUUAAGAUGGGUGAACUACCACUUGGAACGUGCCGGUGUUUCUAGACGUAUUACAAACUUUCAAAGCGACAUUACGGAUUCAGAAGUGUAUUCCCAUCUACUUAAACAAAUUGCUCCAAUGGAAGCUGAUGUUACUACUGAAGCUCUCAUGGAAAAAGAUCUUCAUCAAAGAGCCGAAAUUAUGCUCCAACAAGCCGCAAAACUAAAAUGUCGGUCAUUUGUGACUCCUCAAGAUGUAGUCAAUGGUGUCUACAAACUUAAUUUGGCGUUUGUAGCUAAUUUGUUUAAUAAUCACCCAGGCUUGAAUGAAACGAAUGGCGUUCUAGAUGGAUACGAAACAGUUGAAGAAACAAGAGAAGAAAGAACAUAUCGCAACUGGAUAAAUUCCAUGGGUGUUAGUCCACAUGUAAACUGGCUGUAUUCCGACCUCGCAGAUGGUCUCGUAGUCUUCCAACUUUACGACAUCAUUAAACCAAACAUUGUCAAUUGGAAUAAAGUACAUCGAAAAUUCACCAAUCCACGAAAGAAAUUCAUGGAAAAAUUAGAAAAUUGUAAUUAUGCGAUUGAACUGGGUAGAGAAAUUCGCUUCUCAUUGGUUGGAAUUGCUGGUCAAGAUAUAAACGAAGGAAACGUAACUUUGACAUUGGCAUUAAUAUGGCAGUUAAUGCGAGCGUAUACAUUGACAGUUUUGUCGCAGUUAGCGGAAUCCGGAAAUCCAAUAGUCGAGAAAGAAAUCGUACAGUGGGUUAACAAUAAAUUAGUUUCAGCAGGAAAACACUCUUCCAUUCGCAGUUUUCAAGAUCCUACAAUCGCCGAUGCUAAAGUGGUUAUCGAUUUAAUUGAUGCUAUUAAACCAGGUGCAAUAAAUUAUGACUUAGUCAAAACUAAUGGUACUGAAGAAGAGAACCUUGCAAAUGCCAAGUACGCUAUUUCCAUGUCUCGCAAAGCAGGGGCAAGAGUGUACGCACUUCCAGAAGAUAUUGCUGAAGUUAAACCUAAAAUGGUAAUGACAGUGUUCGCUUGUUUGAUGGCUUUAGAUUAUACACCUAACAUGGAUUCUCGCCGACAGUAGUAACAGAAAAUAGAUUUUAUUUGACCUAUUGUUUAAUCUUGUAUUGGGUUCUGUAAUUUUUGAAUCAUCCCAUAUCUUUUCAUACUUAAUUUGCUUAGUCUGUGAUUACCACGCAUUCCAAUAUUCAAAACCAUUGUAUAUAAGUUGUAGUUUUAACAUUUUAUGUCUUUAAGGUUAACGUGCAAUAAAAUUUAUUUCGGCUGUAAUGAAAACCUAUGACAAUUGUGACGUAUCUUUCAAAAUUUGUUUACAUAAAUAAUUCCCAUGCAAGUGUUAUUACUUUAUAAUUUGUAUAUUUUAUAUACAUUAAUUUAUUUGUGUUGGCUUUUUUUGGGGAAGUGAAGUGCCAUUUUUUAGUUAAGUUAUAGAACUUAGAUCGAGCGUAAUUAAACAUAAGACCUUAUACAUGUAUAAGUUUCUAAUUUUAUAAACUACUGUUCUGGAUUGAGAGGCAUUUGGAAAACUCAGAGGCCUUGUUCCAUUUUUAUAACAUAAAAAUUAACGUUAACGUGCUGUAGUACAGUAAGUUUACCGUUUCUCCUUAAUAAAAAGAACACUCGUUCUCCUCUCAAUCCAGGCUAAUAGUACCUACUAAUAAAUAAACGCUGUUUUAAUACAUACAAUUCUAUA